UUCCGACAGUCGAGUUUAGCAUCUGAACGCCACAUCAGCUGUCGCUGUGCAGUUCAGGCGUUUUUUCCCCCCCUUUCUUUUUUUUUUUUUUUUCGACUCUCCAAUCGACCGCAAGACAUGGAUGUGUUCUUAAUGAUCCGGCGUCAGAAGACGACCAUCUUCACUGACGCCAAAGAGUCCACGUCUGUGUACGAGCUGAAGCGCAUCGUGGAGGGCAUCCUAAAGAGGCCACCCGAGGACCAGAGGCUCUACAAGGAUGACAUGGAACUGGAUGACACUCAGACGCUCGGAAACUGUGGCUUCACCAACCAGACGGCGCGGCCUCAGUCGCCCGGCACCGUGGGCUUAGCUUUCAGGCUCAGCGAUGAUUCAUUCGAGCAGCUGAGGAUGGAGCCCUUCUCUACCCCCCCGGAGCUCCCGGACGUCAUGAAGCCACAGGACUCGGGCAGCACAGCCAACGAACAGGCAGUUCAGUGAGGGAGGGGGGCACGCAGGGAAUCCGGGGGCGGGGAGAAUUUGGGGAAGCGGACGACGAAAUCUCCAGCUGGACAGAAGCAAAACACGGGUUGUUGUUAUGUGAGCGAGCAAGCGAGCAGUGCGUUUGUGUGCAUGCUAGAACACAUUGUUACAGCCCAGACUGGUCGCAACACUGUCACCUGCUCAACACCAAGCAUUGUACCUCUUAUUUAAUUGAGUCUCUUUUAUUAAGCUGUUGUUAAGCUGCCUUACUUUACUGUUUUUUUUUUUUACUUUACUGGCUUCAAUGACGGCAUUGAGCAGGAGAGACCUUUUUAUGCUUUUAUGUUUGUAUUAAACUAUUAGUAACAUUUUUAUUGAUUAAACAAUUAGUCACA